AUGAAAGCAUUUUCUAUUUUAUACAAAUUAAAUGUAAACAAAAAAAAUGAAAAUGAUGAAAUAUUAUUUUUUUCCCUAUAUGCUAAUAAAUUAUAUUUUUACAUUGGUUCAACAAAUGGUAGAAUAUUUGUUUUUAAGAAAAAGGGAACAUGCUUAUUUAAUCACAUUAAUUUUGUAAAUGUAAUUAAAAGCCGAACUUCUGCAGUUAUUACAAAGAUUUUUAUUGUAGACAAGCUUAAGUUGCUCAUUCAUGGGACAAGCAAUGGGGAAAUAUUCCUAAUAAAAGAAUAUAAAUUAAUAACAGGAAAAGAAGUAAAAUUAAAAUGUUUGAAAAAAAAUAUAUUUAUGUUACACAACAAAUAUCACAAAAAUGCUAUAAGUAGUAUUAACGUUUUAAUAAAUGAAGAAAAUAAAUUGAUAUAUUUAUUUAUUGGUGAUUUAGAUGGGGUAUUAUCAUGUUUUAUUUUAAAUAAAAAAUUAAAAAUUGAAAAUGAAGAGGGUUGUAUAUUAGUUAUUGAUAAAAUAAAUGGACCAAUUAAUAAUAUCGAAAUAUCGAGAAAUAAUAUUUUAGUAACAUGUGAAAAAUAUAAUACCAUUAUUAGUUUAGAAGAUCUUCUUUUAAAAAGAGAGAAUAAUAAUAAAAUAAAUAAUUUUAAAAAUAUAGGGAAAAAAGAAAAUAAAAACUAUUAUAAAUCUGUAUUUUUAACCACAAAAAAACAAAAAAAAAAUGGAAACACAAUAUUAAGUUUACGACAAAAUGGACGUAUUUGGUUAAGUAAUGAUGAAAAGGUGAUAAAUACUUUAGUUUUUUAUUAUUCUUCUUAUUAUUUUUUUUAUCUUUUUUUUUUUAAUAUAAGCCAUUAUAAUACUAGCCACAAAAGAAAUGAUCAAAUAAAAAAUUUUGUUUUUCCUUUUCAUUUUUAUAAAGAAUAUUUUAUUAAUAAUAAAUAUUUUAUUACAAUAAUACACGAGAUUUUAGAAAAAUUUACAAACUUUAAUUUAUUAUUAAAACCUAAUUCAAAUGUUUGUUAUAAAUUUACAAAUUCUUAUUUUAUCAUUUUUGAUCAAAUAAAUCCUUUUGCAUAUUUUUUUAAUAACCAUAAAAAUGCACACACAUAUAAUGGACUUUUGUAUUAUGAAGAAAAAAAAAAAAUGGAUGAAAUAAAUUUAGAAAAAGAUAUAAAUAAUAUUCGAAAUUUUAUAAACGAAAAAUUACAAUAUGAGUUGAAAAUAAAUGAAUUAGGAAAAAAAGGGAAUGAUCAAAUUAUAGAAUGCCUAUCUUUUAUCAUAAACAAUUUUAAUGAUACAAAAGAAAUACUAAACAGAAUAAGGGCUCAAAAAAUAUUUAUAAUUAACAUUAAAACUAUAAAUAUAGAAGAAAUUAUUAAUUUAAAUCUUGAGUUUUUAUGUACAGAGAAAAGAGAAAUAGUUGAUAAAUUAAAUACUUCUAUUUCUCCCAAUUUUGUAAAUAAUCAAAUAGAAAACCCUCAUUCUUUAAACAAUACAAUAACAAAAAAAGAAAAUCCCAAUAAAUAUAACACAUUUUUAAAUUAUGAAAAUAAAAUAUAUAUUGAAAAAAAAAAAAAUAUAUAUAUAGAUUAUUUAUUGAAUGAUAUAAUAAUCGAUUCAAUGAAAUAUGGAAAUAAAUUAUACAUAUUAUAUUAUUGUGAAAAUAUGGAUAAUGAUAUAUAUUUUAAUUUUAAUAUAAAAGACAGUAUGUUUAUUUAUCCAAAUUAUUAUGAAAACGAUAUUUGUAAAAAUGAAGGAAAUGAUAUUCAAAAUAAAAAGGGAAAUCAUUUUUAUUUAUGCGAAAUUUAUUUUCAGCAAAAUUAUGAAUUAAUAAAAUAUAUAAUUUAUCAUAUUAGAAAAAAGAAAAUAAACGAACUAGAUAAAUCUAAUAUUUUAAUUUUUUAUUUAUUCAUAAAUAUUUUUCAAAACUGUAUGAAAUAUGAAAGGAAAGAUACAGGCUCAAAAUAUUAUGAUGCUAAUUUUUUUUCUUUUAUUGAAAAGGAUAUAAAUAGUUAUGAUAAUGUGAAUACUAAUGUAUAUACUUUUGAAAAUUCUAAAAACAUUUUAAUCAAAAAUAUAGAACAAAUAAAAACAAACAUUGAAAAAAUAUUUAUAAAAUUAAAAAAUGAUAAAAAUAAUAUUUUGUUAACUGAUAAAAGUUGUAUAUAUCAAAAGGACUUUUUUUUUUUUUGUAAUAAUACAUAUAAUAUUAGUGAUAAUGUAUAUUUAUUUUUUCAUUGUAAUAUUAAAAAAAUUAAAAAAUUAUAUAGAAUACUAAAAGUUAUUGUAGACAAAUAUAAAUACAUUUUCCAAAAUAUUAUAACCAUUGUAGUAUUUCCGAAUAUAGAUAAAACAUAUUUAAAAAAAGAAAACAAAAACUUUCUUUUAAUUAAUGAUGAGGAUAUAAAAAAUGGAGAUUUAUUUAUUAAAUUUAUUCAAAAUGAUGAAUAUUUAUUAUUCCAAAUUUUAUAUUAUUUUUAUAUUUUUUUAUUUCUUGAAAUUAUCAUUUCAAAUUAUAUACACAGAAAUCAUAACUCAUUUACAAAUUUUCCAAUUCUUUCAAAUCAACACUCAAAUAUAUCAUUAAAAAAUGAAUAUGUUCAAAAUGAAAAAAAAUAUAACAUUUUAAGAAAUAAUUCAUGUAAUAACUUAUAUAAAAAGAAUUACAAAUAUGACAAUUUAUAUAUUGAUCAUGUUGAAUAUACAAAGAAUAAAAUAUGUAUAGAAAGUAAAAAUAAUUAUUUUCAUGAUACUAUGAUGCAUAUGAAAUAUAGAUUUAAUUAUAAAAUGUGUAAUAAAAAUUAUAUAAAUUUGGAGAAAAAUAAUUGUUUGUAUAAUUAUUCUGAAAUAAUUAAAAAAAAAUAUUUAUUUUUCAAAAUUCAAAAUCGUACCAUUAUCAAAUCUAUGACAUUAUAUCGAAAUAUAAAUUCUAUGAUUGCUUUACGAUUUUUUAAAAUGGAAGAAAAGAAAAAAUUUCUUAUGAUAUAUAAUAAUAUUAAAUUUUUAAAUAGAAAAAAAAAAAAUAUAAUUGGUAAAAAAAAUUUAUUAAAAUUAGUAAAACAAAAAGCGGGAAAAUAUGCGAUUUAUUUCACUACCAAUUUGAAUAAAAUAAAUAAUUUGGAGAAAAAACAAAAUAAAAACAAUAUUGAUAUUUCGACUAUUAAUAAAACAAAUGUAAUAAAACAAACUACUAAUUUGAAUUCUUUACAUUUUAUUUCAAGAUCUAUAAAUUUGAGAAAUAAUAAAUGUGAUAUUAAACAUUUUGAUAAUAUUCUUAAAACCAUUUUUUUAAUAAAUAAUAUUAAAAAAGAGCGAAAUAAUAUGAAUAAUUUAGAAUAUAUAAAAAAAAGUUUGACUAUUCAAGAUUUGUUUAAAUUUACAAAUAAAUUAUAUUUAUAUAAAAAAAUAUUACAAGGGGUAUAUAUUAUCAAUAUAAAUGAAUAUAAACAAUUAUAUGAAUAUUUAUUUUUAUUUGAAAUAUUUUCACCAUUUUUUCAUAAUAGUAUGUGGAUAUAUUCUUUUUACACAAAUUGUAAUAUAGACAAUAAAAUAUCCAAAGAAGAAAUGGAUGAAAAUAAUAAUUAUAGACAAAAAUUUAUUUCUACAAAAUAUGAAGGAAAAGACAUGAUUAAUCAAGAAAAAAAUUCAUGUAAACGUAUUGUUAAUUUUAUAGCAAAUACAGAUAUACAAUAUUAUAAAAAGUUAAUUAAUUUAAUUCAAAAUAAUAAUAUUUUUUUAUUAGACAUUUUGUUGGGAAUAUAUUAUACUAUUACUACUGAACAAUAUGUUAAUCCCAAAUCAAUUAUUAAAAAAUUUUUUAAUUUUAAUUAUUUAAGUGAUUAUAUUAAUUAUAUUAAAAUAAAUCAAAAUAAUUCCAUUUUAGAUAAUAAUGAAAAAAAAAAAUAUAUACGUUUGUGGAGUUAUGAUCCAAAUAAAUUUGAGAAAUAUGAUGAAAUACAAACUCAUGUGUGUUUUUGUAAAAAAAAUAAAAUAAAAUCGAAUAUUUUAGAAAAAAUUAAAUAUAAUGAUGAAUAUUUAUUAAAUAAGAAAAAUAAUAGUUUUAUAUCAUUAAAUUUAAAUUUAUUAGAACAAAAACAAACUGGGUAUAAGUUAUUACAAAAAAAAAAAAAAAAAAUUAAUAAAAUGAAAACAAAUUUUUAUUCUAUAUAUUUUGAUGAUAUAUUAAAUGAAUAUAUUAAUAUGAGAAACAGGUUUUUUUUAAAAAAAAAAAAAAAUGAAUACAAUAGAUUAAUAUAUUUUAAAAAUAUAGACUUGUUCGAUUUUAUUAAGAUUGCAUAUAUUUUGUGUAAAAUUAAAUUAGAGAAAUAUUGUUAUUUAAAAAAAAAAAAAGUUUGGAGAGGAAUACCGAGAAAAUACUAUAAAUUUCUUCAAGGUAAAUAUGACAAUGUUAAAAAGGUGGAUUUAUGUAAAAACAAUUUCAAAAAUUUUUGUUAUGAUAAUAAAUUAUACUAUUGUUUAUGUUGUUAUAAAAUUUGGAUGAAAAUAAAAACGGCAUCAAAUUGUCGAUAUAAUAUAUUUAACUUGUAUGGGAAAUGUUCCUAUGUGCGCAAAAGAGACAUGUUGCAAAGACAUUAUAGAAACAAAGAUAAUAAUAAUAAUAGCAAUAAUAAUAAUUAUUAUACAAAGAAAAAGAAAAGGGAUGGUAUAAAAUAUAUCUAUAACGAAUGGAAUGAAAAUAUAUGUGUUGAAUUGUUGGAAUAUAUUAGUAAAAAAGAUAAAAAAUUGUGUAAAAAUUUAAAAAAAAAAAAAAAAAAAAAUUUAUAUAAAUUAUUCUAUAUUUUGGUAGAAUUGAAAUGGAAUAAAACGAUGUUGUUAUUUUUAAAUAUUUUUAAAAAGUACAAAUCAGAAGAAUUAUUUUUUUUGUUAUUAUUAUUAACUAAGAGGGUAUUUCGAAAUAAAAUUUAUCCAAAUAAAAAUAUAUGUAGAAAGAAGGGCAUUAUUUGCAAAGGUGACAACUAUACAAAAAUUUUCAAAAAAAGUGUAUCUCAUUUUUACACUAAUUAUAGUACCAUUUUAAGAAAUAAAACAAAUUUUGAAAAUAAUGCAGUUAUUUUUUUUUUGUUAUUUAAGUUAAUGAAAAAUGGAACUAAUUAUUAUUUUGUGAUAAUGCUUAUAAUUUAUCACUUUUUUUUGGACAAAAUAUUUUUUUUAGAAAACAUAAUAUCACAAAAAUAUAAAAUUCCGAAGGAAUAUUUCCUAUUAUAUUUAUUCCUAUUUAAAAAUAAUCCUUUUUUUAAAAAAUUUAUUUUUUUUAAAAGUUUUUUUUUAUCAUUUCAUACAAAAGGAUAUUUUUUAUUUGCUGAUUAUCCAUUUAUAAAAAACAUUUUAACUUCAUGUUACAAAUUAUUAUCAUUUGAUAAUUCGAAUUAUUUAAUUGUUUUAAAUAAUUCUUUAUAUUUACAUUUUUUUAAAAUAUAUAAAUAUUUUUUUGAUAAUAAUUCUUUCAAUUUUUCUUAUUAUCAUUUUGCUUUUUUUAUGCUUAUCUCUUAUUUUUAUAUUGGAUAUUUUAAAUAUAUCAUCAAAUAUUUAAUCGUUUUUUGUGAUAUUUUUUCAGAAUUAUAUCGUAUAUUACAGUUCACAAAUAAAAAAGGGCACAUGGAAAAUGAAACAUACAAAAACCAAUCAAACACAAAUAUAUUUCAACAUAUACAUAAUUACAAAAACCAAAUCAAUUUCUUAAUUGGGAAUAGGAAUGAUAUACUUCAUAAAGAUAUUCCAAUUAUUUUUAAAAAUAAAAUAAACAGUAAUAUUUCAUUUUUUAAGAUAAAAAAGUUUAAGGGAUGUGUUUCAGAAAAUUCCACUUCUCAAGAUAUACAAAUUGAUACUAGACAUUAUAAAAUAAAAUUAUUAAAAAGAAAUAAUCGAAUUUUACAUGAAAAUGAAUAUUUAAAUUUAUUAGCUAAACAAAAUUUAUUCUUAGAAAAUGAUAUAUUAAAUGAUCUUGAUGUUUUAAUGCAUUUCUUUUAUGAGUUAUUACUAAAAUUGUUAUGCGAAAUAGAUUUCAAAAUAUUUGAGAAUAAAAUUGAACUAUUUAUAUUUCGACAUAAUAAAAACUUAGAUAUAUACAUACAAAUUAAUAAUUUUAUAAAUGACUUUUAUGGAAAUUGUACCUUAUUUUAUAACAAAAAUCAGGAUUGUUCAGAAAAAAAAAACAACGAAAUAAAAAAUAAGAGUACGGAAAAUAUAAUAAACUUAAAUUUUUAUGAUAAAAAAAAUAAUAUUCAUGUAUUUUUAGAAAUAAUCAAUUUAUUUUUUAAUAUAUAUUAUUAUUUGUUUUCCAUUAAAUUAAGUUUCAAAAAAAAAAAAAAAAUUAUAAAUAAAAACAAAUUUUAUAGCAAAUAUCUUUUAAUCAUCAUUUCAAUUUUGUUUGGACUUGUUUUAAAAACCCAAGAGCGAAACAAAACACAAAAUAAAAUAAAAGCGAAACAAACACAAAUUGUCUUUCCAUUUUUUAAAGAUAUAUAUUUUAAUAAAAACCACAAUAAAGAAGAAUUGUAUAAUUAUUCAAAGAAAUUGAAAACAAAAAUAACAAAUGUGGAAAUAAAAAAAGAAGGGCCCUCAUUAGCAGCCCUUUUUUGUGUAUUGUGUAUUAUUCAAUAUGUUAAUUAUUUUAAAUACAUGAAGAAAAAGAUAAAACAAAAAUUAAUUUUUAUAAUUAACUUUUUUGGUGCCAAAGAAAAUUUGUCAUAUUUAAAACAAGACUACAAAGAAAAUAUAUAUUCGAAAAAUAUUCACGAAAUUUAUAAAACAAUUAUAAAAAACAUACCACAAAAUAUAAAAUAG